CAGAGAGCUCCCCGUUGGCCGUCCGCUACCUCCUUCAAACCCGACCCCGACUUCGUCCCGCCGCGGGGAGGAUCAGCGGUGGCUUCAAUACUGGAACGUGCCAGAUCCAAGUCUGGCUCCCGUGUUGCGCUCGUGGGACCUGCCGGCGUGGGGAAGUCGCAACUCGCUAUGGAGUACUGUUGCCAAGCGGAUGAGGUAUUCAGACUGCCGUUGGUGUUCCGGGUAGGCACGGAGACGCGUGAGCGUUUCCUGGGAGACCUCAGGUCCAUCGCUGACCUGCUUGACAUUAGAGAUUAUGGGACAACUGAGCUGGAAGUUACCCAACGCGUCGCACAAUGGCUACUCGACCCGUCGAAUGGUCCCUGGUCCCUGGUCCUAGAUGGUGUGACCGACGCCGACGUUCUCAGCUGUGGCAACGCCGAGUCCGCCAAACCAGGCACCGACAGCGGCAUCCAGCAGAGAGUCCUUUGGGACCUCGUCUCGGACGUCUCCCACGGUUCAAUAUUGGUCACCACAGGAGACAAGUACACCGCACCAGCCCCCGGCAUCAAAUCCAGCGACAUUGUGCCCGUGAGUGCAAUGAGCGGAACGCAGGCUGUGAACCUUCUUCAGAAGAGACUCGGCAACCAUGACCAGCAGAGCGGGCAGGAUCAUAUGGCAUUGCAGCUCACGCCAGCAGCUUCUCUGCUCUCUUUCAUGGCAUUUUUCGAUCGCGAUCACAUUCCGACAUCGCUGAUCGAGUCUCGAAAGGGCAGAGCGGACGAGAGCGCAGUGGCUGGGGCGGACCAGGGCAACGAGAGCAACCUCCAAACGGACGAGCCAUCACAACGUGGGGACGGAGGCGGUAACCGCUCAACUGAUGCCUCUGAGAGGGGCGUGCAGGUUCUGCUUGAUACGGGCUUCAUCGCUAAGGGAGGCCCCGGCGUGUUCUCCAUGCCCCAAGUCGUGCAGCUGGCAGUAAGAUACUGGCUGAAGAAGAACAGACGUUUUGAGCACUUCGAAUCGCGGUUCAUACGCUGGAUGCAUUGGAAUUUCCCACCAGGUCACUUUGAGAACUGGGUUACGUGCAGACGCCUCUACCCACAUGUCCAAAAGAUGACCCGGCAUCGCCCGACGGACCCUGUAUCGCUCGAAGAGCAGGCAGAGGUGCUUUGUCAUGCCAGCCUGUAUCUUCUAGAAACGGGCUAUCACGAUGAAGCUAUGGAAUUGGCAAACCUGUCUCUCGACGCGCUGAAGGUGCAAAAACCGGAACACCGUCUGGUCUUGGCGAGCAAACACUAUCUCGGCAGAGCCCAGCGCAAUCUGGGUCAUUACCAGGCGGCUGAUGACACAUUCUCCGAUCUACUGAGAACCUGCACCAGCAAGUCUUCCCUCGACCAGAAUCACCCAGAAAUCCUGGUAAUUGAAUGCGAGCUGGCCAGAGUAUAUCUGGAUCAAAAGGACUUCAAGGAAGCAGAACGCCGAUAUUCCGAAGUGCUGUCAAAGAGCACUGAAACACUCGGCGGGGAUCAUCCUUUCACUCUCAAUUGCAUGGCCGAACGGGUAAUGAUACAUAUACACCGAGAUAACGUUGUUGAGGCACAGAAGUUAGGCGCCAAAGUGCUCAACCUCCGCCGGUCCAGACUUGGCGAAGAACAUCCCCACACUCUCAGGAGUGAGCUUACCAUGGCGGAUACCUACUAUCGACAGAAGAAGUGGAAAAAAGCAAGAGAGUUACAGCUGCACGUAAAGGAGGCUUCCGAGUUGGGGAGGGAUUAUCAUCUCAUCGGAGACAGCAUGAAGGAUCUGGCAUACACGGAGUACGCUAUGAAUUCUCAGACUCGCGCCGUCAAGCUGGCGAAGGACUGUAUCACAUUCUACUCCAAUACAUUCGGUCCGGAGCAUAAAGACACACAUGAGGCCCAAGAGGUUUUGGCAGAAAUACUCUCGGAGCAUGAAGCCACACAACAGGCCCAAGAGGCUUUGGCCGAAUCUCUCUUUGAGCGACGAGAAUCAGGUCAUAAGGGGGCACAGACGAAACGAGCAAAACGAAGGAAAUGCUAGUUCUGCUUAGACGACAAUUAUUCUCGGAUGAUCGAAGAGGACUUCCUAGUCAGAUAGCCAAUGCUCUAAUAUUCAUAUAAGAUGACACCAACAGGCGUAACCUGAUACACAGAAG